UUGAGAUCGUUAUAGUGGUGAAAAUGGGAGAAUCUUAUAAGGUAGCGGUCAUCGGCGGUGGCAUUGCUGGUCUACUCACGGCCAGGGAGCUUAAAAGAGAAGGUCACCAUGUGACAGUAUUUGAAAAGGCCAACAAAGUUGGUGGCACUUGGCUCUAUGAUCCACGAGUGGAGACCGACCAGUUGGGUCUUGAUCGGAAUCGGGAAAUUGUUCAUAGUAGCCUUUACAGGUCUCUUAGAGUUAACCUCCCUAGGCAGGUCAUGGGAUUCUUGGACUAUCCAUUUACGAAGAAAGAAGGUGGUGAUCCGAGACAUUUUCCGGGUCAUGAAGAGGUGCUCAGGUUUCUCGAGGAUUUUGCUAGGGACUUUGGGUUGCUGGAGCUGAUUCGAUUUGAACAUGAUGUGGUUCGGGUGGAGCGAGUUGAUGAGACUAGUCACGAGUGGGUUGUUGAGUCUAGGACUCGAGAUGGUGAGUCAAAAUGGGAAUUGAAUGAAGAGGUGUUUGAGGCUGUGGUUAUUUGCAAUGGUAAAUCCACGGAGCCAAAAAUUGCAGAAUUUUCAGGGAGAGAUACUUGGCCAGGACUACAAUUGCAUAGCCAUAAUUAUCGGAUUCCUGAACACUUUGAAAAUAAGAUAGUGGUGCUGAUCGGGAACGGGCCAAGUGCCGCUGACAUUCUGAAAGAGAUCGCCACUCCUGCAAAACAAGUUCAUCAGGCCAUUAGAGGACCUAAUAUCCAGUUGAAAAGGCUGGAAAAUCUUAAUAACGCUUGGCAGCAUCCCAUGAUUAGAUGUGCACAUAAAGAUGGCAAAAUAGUAUUUGAAGAUGGAUCAAUUGUUGAUGCAGACAUCAUUAUUCAUUGCACUGGGUAUAAAUACAGAUUCCCAUUUCUUAGGUCAAAUGGGAUAGUAACUGUGGAAGACAAUCGUGUUGGACCAUUGUAUAAACAUGUAUUUCCACCAAGCUUAUCGCCUUGGCUUUCUUUUGUUGGACUACCUUUUAAGGCACUCCCCUGUACGAUGAUAGAAUUACAAGCGAAAUGGAUAGCAAAAGUUUUGCGCGGAAAAUUAAAGCUACCGACACCAGAAGAGAUGACAGAUUGUGUCCAACAGCAUUACAUUCAGUUGGAGAAGAAGGGAUGGCCCAAACAUUAUACGCAUAAUCUUGAGCAUGACGAGUUUGAAUACAAAGCUUGGCUUGCUCCUCAGUCGGACAUAAGUCUCCCGAAAUUGUUGAAGGAAAUAACAUUAUGCAACCUCUUGAAAGCAAGAUCAGACAACGGUUCCAAUUAUCGGGAUACAUGGGAAGUUGAUAAAUGGAUAAAACAAAUGGAAUCUUCCACACACCAUAGAUCAAGCUUAUGAAUUCCA